UUUAAUGUCAAAUGAAUAAGGAGAGACUACAGAUUCAAAAUUGAGAAAUGAACCACAAUAGAAAGAGUAUGUUCUGAUAUAUUAAGCUUAUUACUUUUUAUUGUCUUUAAAAUAGGAAUGUUUUUUAUAAGCGGAUAUGCCUUUAAAAUGGCUAAUCUCAUAGAAUAGCUAAAUUAUAUGAUCCUGAUCGUAUAAUUAAAUAAAUAUUAAGAUCCAAACAUAUGGAGUUAAUAAUGAUCUUAUUGAUUAUCCAUAUUUAAAGAAUUUGCAAUUCCAAUCAAUCCUAAGUAUUUACAACUUGUGGAGCAGAAUUUCCAAAUAAUAUAAUUAUGAUUUAAAGGCAGAUGAAGAAAGCUAAACUCCU